UACUUUUCAUCAGUCCCUUCUGUUCUUGGAUCAGAAGCUUCGUCAGUUUGUGUGAGUUGAUUUUUCUCCCUGCUUUCCUCGUCAGCCGAAGGUUCACCGUUUGCAGCAAUGAUGAUCAACAGGUUCGCUCCGAUCGUUCUGGUGGUGGCGGCGACGUGGUCCAUGGCCACCGCCGGGCCGGCCUGGCGGGAGUCCUCGGGCCCUGUCGCCUGGUCUGCCGAGAAGGUCCGCCGCGACGCACCUGUCCCUGACGGACUCCUCAGCGAAGAGCGUAUGGGGGAAAUAACGGACAAGAUGAUGGACUGGGCUAUCAUCCGGGAACUUAUCAUGUCAGAGGUCAACUCCGCUCUGAGGGAAUCGUCUGCCACCCGGGAGCUCGUCCGGUCAGAGGUCAGCAAGGUUCUGAGGGAAACGUCGAAAACGACGAAAUCGCUCGUCCAAUCACUGAUGACGAUGCUGAAGGACGGAGAUGACUUGGAGAGGGCGGACCGUCGCGACGAUGGGCAACCUCGUCUAACAUUCCCUAGACUGGGGUAGAGUUUUCAUUGGCGAG